AAAUAGUUUUGAGGAAGGUCUGGAGCGCACAGCCUCUCUCUCUCUCUCUCUCUCUCUCGGAUUGCCGGCCUGCGAAUCCCACGCCCGGCGAAAAGGGUGGCUCCUUCUCUGCACUCCGCCUGUCCUGGCUGCUGGCGAUGCCCUCCCCUUUGCCAAAGGGCUCUCCGUCCAGAGAUGCCUUUUCCUCCUCUGUUUCCCGCCGCGGAUGCCGCGCACCCGCCUGCCGCAUGGUUCCUCUCUCCAGUCGCAGACCCAUUCAGAACUCCGUCCUACGGGGAAUGGACCCCCAGGUGAAUGGCGUCAUGGCCGAGAAGCACAGCCCCAUUGACUACGGGGUCCAGAUCCGGUUCAUCGAUGACCUGAAGGAACCCAGCAAGUCCCAAAAGAUCCGCCCCAAGGUCUCCAAGCCGGGAUCUUACGGCGUUGCGGUGCGGGUCCAGGGCAUCGACGGGCAGCCGUUCGUAGUCCUCAACAGUGGCGAGAAAGGAGGGGACUCUUUUGGAGUGCAGAUCAAAGGCGAGAGCAAAUACGGGGCGCCUGCCCGGAACCCACAGCCGGAGGAGGCCUUCCCAGGUUCCCCUGGUGCGGGGUCGUCGUCCAAGGAUGCCUCGGGCUCCAUCAGCUCAGACUCCGAUCUGCCGGAAAACCCGUAUGCUGCAAAACAGUCUCGCUUCAGCUCCCAAUACAGCACGUCUGACGAGGAACGAGGCCCGAGGCGUGGCGCCAGGGUGCCCAAAUCGGACAGCUUGGAGACGGCCUCUUCUGGUCAGAGCAAUGGGUCCUCACUACCCAGGGAUGGCGGCUACCGGACAUUACCCCACAAAAAGCCCUUUGGGGAGCAGCUGCGGAGGACUCAGUCUCACAGCUCCCUGCUGAGCCCCGAUUCGGAGGAGCCCCGUGUGCCCAGCCCCCCCAGAGUUCAGCCGGCCCACCCUUCCCCGCCACCGCCUGUGGCAGGAACCGCGAGGAGCACCAGCGUGAAGAGCCUCGCUCGCAGAAGAACGCCCAGCCCUAGAGAAGACGUCGGCAGUAUCUCCGGGUUGAGGCCCGUCAGCAAGUCCCUGGAGGCGGAGAAGGUGUCUCUGCCCUUGCAGCUGGCAACCGAGGGCGCCGACGGCAGCGACAUAGACACCAAGCCACUGUCUUCGGUGGACUCUCUGAUCAAUAAGUUUGACGGGAAGGCCCCUCAGAGAGGCAGGGCCUCCCGGAGAAGCCGGGUCCUGCCCGAGGACCGGAAGCGCUCGCAGAGCCUGGACGGCAGGGUGCCGUAUCACGACACGGCGGACAGUCGGGAGCUGGACGUCAACGGGCGCCAGGCGAGCUUCGGAGGCGGGCCCACGCCGACUAAGCAGCUCGGCUCGGCCGACUCGGCGGGAGUCCGAAGCCUCGGCAGAGCCGCCGGGCAGCAGUCGAAAGAGAACGGAGUCGACAAGCCCAGGCUGACCCGGGAGUGGGUUGACAAGAGCCUGGAGGAGCCUGCGAUUGACAAACAGCCGAGCAAAGUACAGUCGGACCUGCAGCUGAAGUCGACCCCGGACCUUCUGAAGGACCAGCAGGAGCGCUCGCAGCCGGGGAGCAGCGAUCAAACGAAGGCCGUGAUCUACGGGAUCCUGAAAGAUGGGAGCAUGGAAAGCGAGAGCUCCGUGAAGAGGAAAACCAACCUUGUUUUUGAGAAAAUCCAAGCGCUGGCCAAGGCUGUUCCUUUGGCGGAUUCGAGAUCUUCCCCGACCCAGCCCAAUGCGUUGGAGCGGAAGUUCGAAGAACUGCAGCACAAACUGGACGAAGAGACCAAGCUCCGCCAGCGGUUAGAGCUGUCACAAGACAGCAGGCGAAACGGCGCCCCUCGCAACCUGGAGAUCCAGCUGGAGGAGUCGGAAGAGGAGUGCCAUCGGCUUCGGGAGGCCUUUGAGAAGAAGACGCAGGAGCUGCAGAGCAACCUGAAGGAACUGAAGGAGGCGAAGAUGCUCAAGGACCAGACGGACGCCAAGGUGGCCGACUUGGAAGAGCAGCUGACGGAGAUGCAGGAGGCGCUUGACCGCUUCCGGGAGCCAUCGGGGGACUCCCCUAGCCGGGAGACCUUGCUACAGGAGCUGCUGGAGACGCGAGAGGAGCUGGAGUUGGUCCUCAGCACCAGGCAGAGGCUGGAGGAGCAGCUGCGCCAGCGGGAGCGAGAGCUGACGGCUCUGAAGGGGGCCCUGAAGGAGGAGGUGGCCAGCCACGACAAGGAGCUGGACCGGCUCCGGCAGCAGUACCACGAAGAUGUGGAGGAGCUCCGGCGCAACAUGGAGGGCGUGUCGCAGGACCAGGCCAGCCUGGAGGCUGAGAGGCAGAAGAUCAACUCCGUGGUGAGAAACCUUCGGAGGGAGCUGGAGGAGAGCAACGAGGAGACCGCCCACUGGAAGGAGAUGUUCCAGCGGAACAAGGAAGACCUGCGGAGCGCAAAGCAGGAGCUGAUGCAAGUAAAGGCAGAGCGUGAGGAGUUUGAGGAAGAGCUGAAGGAGAUGCGCGAGCGCGUCUCGGCCAUGCGGCAGGAGGCGGAUCAGGCCCGGAACGGUGCCGGGGAUGCCAGCGAGGCGGACUCCCUCCGGAAGGAACUCCGGGAGGCUCGCGAGCAACUGAGGGAGCUGCUCCCAGAGAAUCAGGCCCAGGCCCAGCUGCUUGCCCAAAGGGAGAGGGAGCUGGCUGCCCUGAAAGGGGCCCUACAGGAGGAGCUGUCCAGCCACGACCAGGAAAUGGAGGCGCUGAAGCAACAGUUCAAGGAGCGCGUGCAGAGGCUCCAGAAAGACUACGAGGAGGCCUCAAAGGUGAAGGCUGCAUUGCAGGGAGAGAAGGAGACAACGGAACAAACUAAGCAGGCCGUGGAGUCCACUCUCCGGGAGACGCAGGAGGAGAACGACGACCUCCGGCGGAGGAUCCUGGGCCUGGAGACGCAGCUGAAGGAAUUCCGGCACUUCGCCGACAACUGGCAGAGCACCGAAGUGAGGCUGAAGGAGAAGGUUUCCAAGCUGGAGGCUGACCGAAGGCAGAUGGAGGAGUCCUUGGGAGACGCCACGGACCAAGAGCAGGAGCUGAUGCUGGCCAAGAGGUCGCUGGAGAGCCGCUUGGAGGAGGCCCAACGGAGCCUGGCCCGGCUCUUGCGGGAGCACGAGGAUCUGACCGUCUGUUACCACGAGGAGACCAAGCAGAAGGAGCAGCUGAAGAGGGCCAAGGGUGAACUGGAGGAAGAGAAGCGGCUGCUGGACAAGAGCAUUGGGAAGCUGACCAGAGAGCUGGAUCAGAUGACCGAAGAAUCUCACCGGGCUCUUUCUGCCCUGCAGUGCGGAGCUAAGGAGGAGUGGCACAAAGGAGAGGAAGGUCCCGCAGAGAGUAGAGAGAUUACGGACUCUGCAUGAAGCAGUGCCGAAAGACCCGGAACACCCGAGGUGGGAGAGGGAGAGAUGCAGUACAACGUGGGAAGACUGCAAGACGAGGUUGCCAGACUGAAGCAGGCCUUGCAGGACAGCCAGGCCGAGCGCGAGAACGCUCUGUUGGACAAGGAGUUGCUGGCUCAGCGCCUCCACAACCUGGAGCAGGAGAUGGAAACCAAGCGGCGCUCCCAGGACGAUCGAUCCCGGCAGAUCAAAGCUCUGGAGGACAAGUCCAAACGACUUGAAGUGGAACUGGACGAAGAAAGGAGCACGGUUGAGCUGUUGACCGAGAGGAUUAACCGCACCAGAGAUCAGAUCGACCAAUUGCGUGCCGAGCUGUUGCAGGAGCGUUCUGCCCGGCAAGACCUGGAGUGCGACAAGAUCUCUCUGGAGAGGCAGAACAAAGAUCUCAAGAGCCGCCUGGCCAGCUCCGAGGGGCUGCAGAAGCCCAACGCCAACGUCUCGCAGCUGGAGUCCCGUGUUCAGGACCUGCAGGAGAAGCUCCAAGCUGACGAAAGAGAGAAAAGCCUUCUGGUGUCGUCCAACCGCAAGCUGGAGAGGAAGGUGAAGGAGCUGACCAUCCAGAUCGACGACGAGAGGCAGCAUAUCAAUGACCAGAAAGACCAGCUGAGCUUGAGGGUCAAGGCGCUGAAGAGGCAGGUGGACGGUGCUGAGGAAGAGAUCGAGCGGCUGGAGACUGCGCGGAAGAAGGCACAGCGGGAACUGGAGGAGCAGCACGAGAUGAACGAGCAGCUGCAGAGCAGGAUCAAGGCCCUGGAGAAGGACCUCUGGCGCAAGGCAGCCCGGUCCACGGCAGAGUCCUCCCUGAAGGAUGACCACCUGAGCUCGGACGAGGAGUUUGACAGCGCCUACGGCCCGUCCUCUAUUGCGUCCCUCCUGACUGAGGGGAAUCUCCAAACCAGUUCCUGCUAGCAGCGUUGGGCCACGAGGGGGGGAGGGGCCUCACCCUCCUCGCCGAAACCCCCAAACGAACAUGGGGCACCUGUCCAGAAAACCGUCCCCUCGCAAAGCGACGUCGCUGCUUCCACCCUGUCGGGUCCAGAACUAGGAGACAGAGGGCACCCCUCGCACCUUUUCCGUGAUAAAAUGGACCUCUUUAUCGAUGUGAAGGAAAGAUUUUUAUUUUUGCUGGGGGAGGGAUGGCGUGUAACAUAACGAGGAAAAAAAAUGAUUCUAUUUAACCUAUAUUGUUUCUUGAUCUGGUACUCAGGGCAUUGGUGAAUGAAUGAUUUAAAAAUGAGGAGGUUCUCUUUCUUAACCAAAUUUUAAUUUUUUCUGUGUAUAUAGGGGCGGGGGGGCAAAACAUCUAUGUAUGUAUGUAAAAUGCAUGAAUACUGAAAUCAAUGUGCAAUAAUGAGAGGGGAGUGAUUUCAUGGCGAUUGUAGACCAGAGCAUGUCUCAGGGGGGGGGGGGGGUCUAUUGGACAACUGGUGGGGGUGUUGAGCGGUUGGUAGAUUAAUUCUGAACAGGCCUACUGUUGGCUAGGGGAGGUCUUCAGCAUGAAAUGUUGUGUGCCUGAACGAGAAAAGCUUGAAUGCUGCUUUGAGGUCUGGCAACUUUCUUUGGGGGUUUGGUUCACAAUCCUUUCUAAGAUUCUCAAAGCCGAUUCCUGCUUGACUCGUACCUGUUCCUGUGCAUUCUAGUCCACUCCCAGAUCCUGUCAUACAGUCCAAGGGAUGCAUCUUCUGUUUGCCCAGGAACAGAACAACCAACUUUGGAAUGUAUAUGCCUGAAUCGAGGAAAGGAGCUCUGCUCAUCCACGACAUCUGAAGCUUUUGCAAGACUUUAGCAAGGCGGGCAGGGUGCCGAUAGGAUCCCUGACAAACUUGUGCUUAGGUUGUGAGUCAUGAAAGUUGUGCACAAGAUCUGGCUUUCGCUCCACGGUACCCGCUUGAUCUGAGCAGGCCCCGCAACAACGAAUUGUCAAAGACCUAGUUGGCAUCUCUCGAAAGGCGCAAAACCGUUCUGCCAGGAAAGGAUCCCAGUGUCGUCGAAAGAUCUUGGUCUGUCUGAGCAUCUCUUGGCUUUUUCAAGCUGUGUUGGGAACAUGAUUAUCUGUAUUCUUGCAGCAUGCAAGGGAGGGGAUGUUUUACAGUCACUGUUGGCAACUAAGAAGCCUGCGGUGUGUAAAAACUUGCUUGUCUGUGCUGCUGGAUCUUGGUCUGUCAGACUCCAGUGGUCUGUGACCAUCCAUAUGCUGAGAAUACUGUCAGAUCUGCUGUGUUCAGAGCAGGUAUUGCUGCAGAGAUGAGCCUAUGACACCAGCCUUCAGUUUUGAUGGGCAGCUGCUGUGUGAGGGCAUUGCAAUUGUUUUUUUUUGGGGGGGGGGGAUGGUCUGAAUCCAUUGCCCUUGAGUGACGCUGACUGGGCUGUGAGCAAACGCCCGAUUUCUGGUGUCUGAGAGUCACUUCCCAUCUUACCAUUUAAAGAGGGGAGUGCUCUUUGUCAUCUCUCUGUAGGAAUACAUGUCGCUAAGAAUUCCCUCACAGUCUGGGAAGAAGGAAUACCAGGCAGUUGGAUCGCGCAGGCCUGUUCCACCAAAAGAAAACUUCUUGCUUCGAGGGAAGUCUCCUCUUGCUGGGCAAACCACUACCAUUUCCAGGACGGAUCUACAGGGUCUAGUCUACGGGCUCUGCCAGAAAGGGAGCUGUUUUGCAAAGAGGUUGCUAGGCAGGUUCCACAGGAAUGCGAGUCACAGAAAGCGGCUGUAAAAUAGUUGAAAACGCACGGCAUCUCGUCUUGGCCAAGAUUCCUGAACCGACUCGUCAAAAGAGUUUCUCAAACUCUCUCUCGUUCAUCUGUCAGCAAGUUAUAAAAUGUGCAUCUUUGGCGACGUUCCAGUCUCGGCGCAUUCUUUGGCAGGGAUAAGGUCGCGUGUGCAUCCAUCUGGGUGCCUUCUGGUUGACUCGCAUCCAGUCCCAGUUUGCAGAGGAGGCCAGGCCUAGAAAAUUCUUUCUGUGGCACUGAAUCUUCACAAGGGCUCUUUUUCCUCUCGUUCCCUCGACGGGUACCCAGUUCGGGCAACCUCGCACCGACCUUCCCAAGCCUCGCACUGUGUGCCUUAUUGCACAUAUAUCCCUCAAAGGGAACUAUUUUCUGCCCUGGAUCCAGACUCUGCAGUUCGUGCUCGAAAACACAUCACUGGGGAUAUCAGCAUGCGCCUUCGCCAGGGGCCCCGUCUGCCUGCAUCUUCUCAAGCCUUAUUGGCGUCCUGUUUUCUUUGCCGUUUGCUCUGCGCUCGAAAGUUGGCCGUCCUGAAUCUCUCCUAUGAUGGCGAUAAAUGGGAAUUCUUAAAGAUGCGAAGCCCUCCUCUUCCUUCAGUCUGAACGCUUACCCAGCAGAGAGAAGGUUGGGUUGACAGCCAGUGUCUUUUGGUUCUCUUUAGAGCCAGCCAUUGGCCUGAAUGCCACGUGCACUUGAAGGGGAAGCGUUUGCGAAAGUAUUAAGUGGAACUCCCUCCUUCCUUCCCCAGCGGUCUUGAUUCUGAGACCUUUAAGAAAGGCAUUCUGGGAAGUUCGUAGCCCAGAAGAGCAUUCCAGGUAGCAAGUUUUGGCAAGGGAGCCCCAGUGGAGUACUCAGGGCAGGGGAGUGCUCCUUCCCUACUGAAGGUUGCUUCAAUUGUCAGCCCAUCCCAAACAUUGCGCAGCCCUGCCCCCAUAGCCAAAUUUCAUCCAAAUAUAUGUUGUCUGUUGACCCUGAUCUUGCUGCUUAAAGGACAAGUGCCUACAAGAGGGUGUCAGUCUUCCUCAAGAAGGGGAUGCCAUCUCGCCCAACCCCGUGCUCGGUCUAAAUUCUUGGAGCCGCUUCUGUUUUGCCGUUGGCGCCAGAGGAGGCUGGCCGAGUGUGCCAGGGUGAGGACAGCAUGGGUUGGCCUCCGGGAAACGGGGUCCCUUGCGUAGCUACCACACGUUGCGUCCAGCGUGUGCUCCAAUGAGGUGUUCCAGUCUUGACAAAGAUGGCUUUGCUUUGGCGAGUGUUAAAAACAGAGCUGCUUGUUCAUCAAGUCCUUUCUGCUGUCUCCAUUUCCCUUUGCCACGUUCUGACUGGGUCACGAGUGGCUGGUCGCCCUGUCGUUUGGGCUCCCCCACUAGCAACCACGGGCCUCUUAACCUCCUGCCAAAUUGGGGGCAACCUAGUAGGGGGAAAAAACAUCAGCCAGGCGAACUAUCCUAUGUUACAAUUCCCGUUUGCUUGCAACAUGCAUCUAGCUGCAGAUUCCGUGGAAAACACAGGAAAUUUCGCUUGCGAGACUCUUCAAACCAGCCUGCCCUCGCUGCGAUUGAGCGCGCGUUCUCAGGAGAGAUCUUUUCAGCACCGCUUUUCUAUUUUCGUUGUUUCAGUAGGAAAGCAGGAUCAGCGCUUUCUUUUUUUUCUCCGCCCUCCCCCAAACACAGUGGUUGAGCUGCGAGCCACGUAUUACGACUUGGUAGGUCUGUGGUGGCAGCCGGUCCCCGUUCUUGCAAUUUCUGACAUGUGGCCGACUCGGGACUCGGGUUUGAGCCCCCGAUGGGCCCAGCUGUGCAGCAGUUGGAUUGCGGUGUGUCACAGGUUUGCGGGGGCACGAAUUAGCUUUUCUGUUGUGAGCUGGCCACGGAAUACAUGACAUAGCCGAUUCUUGCCCACGUUCAAGAUCUGUUUGAUUCCUCAUUGCGUUAUGCUGGCCAAAAGUCAAAGCACGCCCCGGGAACAUUGGCUUGUAACUAAGCCAAAUUCGCCAACAACUUGGACUCUGCUCAAGAUUUUGGGCAGAGCGUUUGGCGGAUAUGGAAAACACUUUUCUUGGAGUUGACAUCCAGGACAGAUGACAACGGUCUCCAUUUACAUUUCUGGAGGGGUGACUGUUCUAGAUGGACCUGGCUCAGUGUUACACCAAACCGGCUCCAAAACACGUUGGCCACCGCGGACAGGCUGUUUUAAGACUAGCCAAACCCACAGCGGCUGCAAUCCCAUCGUGUCUUAGACCCCCUGGACAACUGAGUGGCAUGCAGUCGGUGCCUGCAAUUUAAUAACCACCCCACCGUACAGGAUGGGGAAGUUCUGAGCACACAUACUUUGUCUGAAGCUAAUUCAGAGACCGUUUUAGCAGCGGGGGAACUUUGGUGAUAGUAGUUGGUGAUCGUAGCCCUGUUGGGUCUUCAGGGGUCUUCAAACUGUGGCCCUCCAGAUGUUCGUGGACUACAAUUCCCAUCAGCCCCUGUCAGCACGGCCAACUGGUAGGGGCUCAUGGGAAUUGUAGUCCAUGAACAUCUGGAGGGCCACAGUUUGAAGACCCCUGGGUUAGAUGCAGAGCCAACCGCCAGAGUCCACCAACUCAAACUGAUAUUUUGAAAGAAUGAAAGGGGUGAAUUUUUUUUUGUACAAAAAGAAGCCUGACCCCCUCCCCCCCCCAAACCUGCUCAGUUUCCCCCCCCCCCCCGGCAAAACUUGGGCUGGCUUUUUACACCGAGACCUCUGAAAACCGUAUUUCUUACGGUCAUGCAAUAAUGUAGAUGUUUAUUGUGCGGGGAAGGGCAGGCGAUACAAUCAGAGGGAAUGCUGAGCCUUGUCUGUGCACACGCCCGACAGCUGUGGGUUUGGACCAUUCGAAAUGGCUGCUAAGGUGACUUGUUUCGGUUAUUUGUAACCCUUUUUUUCAUUUCUUUCCAGAUUUAUUUUGCCUUUAUUAAAAGAACAAAACUUGUAUAUUGAUUUUUAAGAUUAAAAAGUACUAUAUUAA